AUGACCAUAAAGGCCGCGCCCGAGUGGCGGAAGCUGCCUGUGACGUUGAGUGAGCUGUGCAUCGACACCACGCUGCGCUGCGGCCAGUCGUUCCGAUGGCGCAAAUUCGACGAUGAAUGGCGCUGUACCUUAUACGGCCGGAUCCUUGCUCUGAGGCAGGAUCCUACGCAUCUACAUUACAAGGUCACCUGGCCGGAGGCAUCAUCGCCUCUGUCGAGAAACGGAAAGGGGGACGAUGACGACACAGAAGCCCUCCUGAGAAACUAUUUCAGUCUCCGCGUGGAUCUAGGAAGCCUCUAUGAGCAGUGGUCCAAGGCUGAUACCAACUUCCGCAAAAAGGCCCCCACGUUUACGGGGGUGCGCAUCCUGAACCAGCCCGCCUGGGAGGCGCUGGUCGCCUUCAUCUGCAGCAGCAACAACAACAUAGCGCGGAUCAGCCAGAUGGUCCACAAGCUGUGCAGCCACUACGGCCCGCUGGUCGGGCGCGUCGACGAUGAAGCCUACCACGACUUCCCUGCUCCCGCCGACCUGACAGGUAGCGGAGUCGAAUCUCACCUGAGGGAGCUGGGCUUUGGCUAUCGCGCAAAGUACAUUGCCGAGACGGCGCGCAUUGUGGCCGAAGAGAAGCCAAGCGACUGGCUCGAGACGAUACGCAACCCGGCGGUCCCUGGAUUUCGCACUGCCACUGCUGCAGAGAAGAAGGGAAAGAAGGGGGACCGUGUGGCUACGUACAAGGAUGCCCAGGAGGAGCUACUCUCGCUCAAGGGCGUCGGGCCCAAGGUCUCGGACUGCGUGUGUCUCAUGGGUCUUGGGUGGGGAGAGUCCGUUCCUGUCGACACCCACGUCUGGCAGAUUGCUCAGCGCGACUACAAGUUUGGCAAGAAGUCCAAGACGUUCAACAAGGUCAUGUACGACGCUGUCGGGGAUCACUUCAGGGCUCUCUGGGGCGAGUAUGCCGGAUGGGCUCACUCGGUCCUCUUCACGGCAGACCUGAGGCAGUUCGCCGACCGGCCAGCUGUCAAGGAAGAAGUAAAAGACGAAGGGAAGGAGACGGUCGCCGUUCUGAAAACUGGCAAGGAGGAAGAAGAUGUUGGCCAGGAUACAAAAGCACCGUUGAGAAGGAAAAGGAAGAGAGGUGCUACGAAUGAGAUCAAGACAGAAAUCAAGAUCGAGGUCAAGGUCGAAGAGGAUGUAAAUGGCAAUGUUGUCGGAGUAGAGAAGACGGUAAAACGAAGGAGGACACGCAAUAGCAUGAGGCUGUAG